CCACCCCCCGCCGUCGCUUUCCCUGCCGUGGUCCGUACAUCCAUAUCCACCCACUCUCUCCCCCCCUCCCUCCCUCCUCCUCCUCUGAUCCACCCAUCCGCUGAGCACUAAGCAUGCCCUCUCUCCUUCAGUCGCUCUCCGACCUACAAGACGUAGCGCCCGCCGACGAGGAGGAGCAGCAAGAUGAUUCACGCGCCCACUAUGCGGAUGUGGGACCUAGUGUGCGACGCAGGAAGGCCAACUUGACCGAGGCGGAGGGAGUGUUGGGUGGGAAGUAUGAGGGGAGAGAGGCUAGAUUGAGAGAUUUGGACCUCGAUGGGCAGAGUGGGGAGGGCAGCGAAAGUGGGAGUGGGAGUGAGGAUGAAGAGGAGGAGAGUGAGCUGGACUCGGAUGAGGAGCUCGAGAGUGAGGACGAAGAGAUCCACUCGUCUGCUGCUUCUUCCUCUUCUUCCUCCUCUUCAAGAUCUUCACCACGACUUCAACCGGCCAAGAAGUCUGUCCGUUUCGACAAGGACACACAAGGUGCUUCCAUGAGUGUCAAGGAAGCAAAUGGCACCUCCUCAAAUGGCGCCUCGCGCACCCUCUCCUCGUCCCUCUCUUCCCAAGCUCAACUUACCAAGUCGUUGCGAGAGCAAGCGAGAGAGGAUGCUCAGAAGGGAGAGGCUAUCCAGCAGCAGCUCUCUUUCUGGCAGAGGACAUUGGAGAAUCGUAUCAAGGUGGACAAGGUGAUAGGUGGGAGAGGACUAGGGCGGGUGGAUCCAGCGGCGUAUUCUUCCCUCUUGGCCGCCUCGGAUGCUCAAGACGAGCACGAUGCUCUUACUUCCUCUUUGCUGGACCACUCUGCUCUGCUACUAGACACCCAAACGAAGCUUAUCGGGCAACAAGAUGGGCAUGACCAGCUGUACGAGGCCAUUGAGAAGGUCGGCUCGAAGCGGAAGCGAGCCGAGGGCGAGGAAGACUCUCUCGCUGCGCACUCCCAACUACUCUCCCUCACGCUGCGCUUCGGCAGAGAAGUCCUCGAUCCGUUUACUGCUGCCACCCUCAAUCGGCAUUCUACCCGUAACAGUGGUCAGUCGGACAACUCUUUUAGUGCUACCCUCAAGACGUUCGAACAGAGUUUGAUAAAGCAGAUUGAUGCAGCCAUGGCUGGCGAGGGAGGGCAGCGCCUCGUGGAGCGUACGAGGAAGUACCGCGGUGAAGGCAGGAGGAUCGGCGCUCCAUCUACCGAGGGCGAGGGCGAAGCUCAGAACGGCAAUGCCGACGCUGACUCGAGCGUCAGUGCCGACACGUUUGACGAUUCGGACUUUUACGCCUCGCUUCUCCGCUCCCUCAUCGAGUCCUCCUCUACCGGAGGUACCUCCCUCGGUGGUCAACACGCCAGCAAUACCCCACUCCAAUUCCACGCUCGCACAAAUACCAAGAUUAAAGGAAUCGAUACUCGUGCGUCCAAGGGGAGGAAACUGAGGUACGAGGUCAUUGAGAAGAUUGCAAAUUUUAUGCCAAAGAUUGCAAAUAGAGAAAAGUGGAGCGAGGAGAUGAGGGGGAGACUCAUCGAUGUGCUGCCUGGUGGAGCUGCUGGUGGCAAGAGGAGCAAAGGGGAGCAGCAGCAAGAGGGCGGUGACGAGGAGGAUGAGGAAGAGGAGAUACAGCAGGCGCCCCUGCAGGAUCUAGGAGGACUCAGACUCUUUGGCUGAGAUGUUCAUCCCUGAAGGAAGCCUCGGUGAAGGAGCGCUAGCUCACAAAUUUGCGUUAUACACUUGUACUAUUACCACCUUCAAUGACUACAUCGCUUCACAGCUCAAGGAU